AUCAGUCCUCAGUGAUGGCAAAGGAAAAAUACGGCGAACCCCGGACGUUUGACCCUAAUUUUAAAGGGCCCAUUCACAACAGGAGCUGCACUGAUGUUCUUUGCUGUCUGCUGUUCACUCUGGGCUUGCUGGGUUAUCUAACAGUCGGAUGUCUUGCCUGGUUUCAGGGUGACCUGCGGAGGGUGAUUCAUCUCACAGACAGCAGGGGGCAGUUCUGUGGUCAGAAGGGAACCCCACUGGAGAAGAAGCCCUUGCUGUUUUAUAUAAAUAGUCUGAAGUGUUUGAGUUUGACGGUGCUGCUGGAGUUCCAGUGUCCUACCACACAGAUCUGUGUGGAGAAAUGUCCAGAGCGGUUCCUGACGCUGGCGAAUGCUAAACGGAACACAACAGACAAGCAGUACUACUCACAGUUCUGUAAGGAGGGAGUGAAUAUUGCACUGCCGGAUGUUGAACUCCUGAAAGACGAAAUGUGUCCAGAUAUGAUCUUUCCCAGCCAGCCUCUUAUGCACAGGUGUUUCCCAGUCCUGAAGGAAGUUGAUAACACUACCAUCAACAUCCUCUUAAAUGCUACAAGCAAGGAGUCUAACCCUGUUAGAAAAGCUCAGGAGGUGGCCAUGAAGAUCUUUCAGGAUUACACACAGUCCUGGCAGUGGAUCCUGCUUGGAUUAGUAAUGUCCAUGGUGCUCAGCAUGAUCUUCAUUGUUCUUCUGCGUUUUGUGGCUGGGGUUAUAAUCUGGGCGAUAAUCAUCUCGGUCAUCCUCGUUAUUGGUUACGGUACCCUCCACUGUUAUAUGCAGUACGCUGCUCUGAAAGGCCAAGCUGGAUCAGAUGUUACCAUAAAGGAUCUGGGUCUGCGGACAGAUUUCUCCAUCUACCUGCAGAUCGAACAGACCUGGCUGGCCUUCACAAUUAUCCUGGGUAUCGUGGAGCUGGUGAUCCUUCUCAUCCUCAUCUUCCUCAGAAAGAGAAUCGUCAUCGCAAUCGCUCUCAUUAAAGAGGCCAGCAGGGCUCUGACUCAUAUGAUGUCAUCGCUAUUCUACCCUCUGCUGACCUUUGCCCUCUUGUCUCUGUUGAUCGCAUACUGGGCCAUAACCUCUUUCUUCCUGUCCAAUCAGCCGAUCUAUAAAGUUAAAGACACCACAGAGUGUAAAUACUCCAACCAGACCUGCGACCCUCAGACAUUCAACAGCUCUGAAGCGUUCAAGCACUGCCCAGGUGCGAAAUGUCUGUUUGCGUUCUUUGGCGGAGAGACGUUCCUCCAUAAGCACCAGAUCGUGUUUCAGGUCUAUAACUUGUUCAUGUUCUUCUGGUGUAUGAACUUUGUGAUUGCGCUGGGUCAGGUGACCCUGGCUGGGGCCUUUGCCUCCUACUACUGGGCGUUCAAGAAACCGGCUGACAUCCCGACGUUCCCUGUCUUCUCCUCACUCGGACGGGCCCUCAGGUAUCAUACUGGCUCAAUGGCCUUCGGUUCUCUGAUCCUCUCCAUCAUUCAGGUGAUCAGGGUGAUGCUGGAGUAUCUUGAGAAGAAACUGAAAUUUGCUGAAAACAGAGUUGCUAGGUUCAUCAUAAGAUGUCUGAAGUGCUGCUUCAGGUGUUUGGAGAAAUGCAUCAAGUUCCUCAACAGAAACGCCUACAUCAUGAUCGCCAUUUAUGGUAAAAACUUCUGCACGUCUGCUAAGAACGCCUUCUUCCUCCUGAUGAGGAACAUUGUCCGAGUGUUCGUGCUGGACAAAGUGACAGACUUUCUGUUGUUUCUGGGAAAGCUGCUCAUAGUGGGGAUUGUGGGAGUCUGCUGUUUCUUCUUCUUCUCAGGGAAGAUAAAGUUUGGGAAGGAAGUGGUUUCAUCACUGAACUACUACUGGGUUCCCAUUGUGACGGUGGUGUUUGGCGCCUACAUCAUUGCCAGUGGCUUCUUCAGCGUCUACGCCAUGUGUGUGGACACUAUGCUCCUGUGCUUCUUGGAGGAUCUGGAGCGCAAUGAUGGAUCUGAAGAGAGGCCGUACUUCAUGUCCAAGAGUCUCCAGAAGAUACUGAAUAAAAAAAAUAAAUUUAUGACCAAAUAACCCUCCAGAGAGCACAGACAAAGGAGAAAAGCAGGAGGAGAAAGAGGGAGAACUUAGUAAUCAGAAAAGGUUUUAUUUGUAUUAACAGUGUGUUCUUUAAUAUUCAUCUUUUCUGACUGUAAAUGUAACUUUUGUUACUGUUUGUUUACCUUUUUCCCAUUGUUGUUUUAUUGUAUGCUGUCCCAUCUGAGUUUUGAGUAUCAAAACGUUCAAAAUAUGUUACAAAUACAAAUCAUAAGCUAAACUUAA